AGAGGAAGUUCAGGAAAACUGUGUCCGCUGGAAAAAGAAAUUCACCUUUGUGUGUAAAAUGAGUGCCAACCCAGCUACAGGACUCCUGGACCCCUGCAUCUGCCGAGUAUCUGUCCGUAAGGAGCUGAAGGGCGGAAAAACCUACUCAAAGCUGGGCUUUGCUGAUCUAAAUCUGGCAGAAUUUGCGGGCUCUGGAUCUACUGUCCGUUGCUGCUUGCUGGAAGGAUAUGAUACUAAGAACACCCGACAGGACAACUCCAUCCUAAAGGUCACAAUUGGAAUGUCCCUGCUCUCGGGGGACCCCUGCUUCAAAACGCCGCCUUCCACCGCCAAAUCCAUCACCAUACCGGGGCAGGACUCGACCCUGCAGCUGACCUGUAAGGGCGAGGGAACCACAAGCAGCAGCAGCAGCAGUUCAGCCACGAUUGGAUCUCUGCGUCAGACCAAGCCAAGAACUGCCAUUCUCAGCUCGGGUGUCCCAGAAGAACCAGAUCAGAACCUGUCCAGCCCGGAGGAAGUCUUCCACUCGGGGCACUCGCGGAACUCCAGCUAUGCCAGCCAGCAGUCCAAGAUCUCCGGUUACAGCACGGAGCACUCCCGUUCUUCUAGUAUGUCCGACUUGACCCAUCGCCGGAAUACCUCCACCAGCAGCAGUGCGUCCGGAGGGCUGAGUAUGACAGUGGAAUGUCCUGAGGGAGAGCGGGACCACAAGCUAGAGAAGCCACCUCGCCCCCCCAGACCAGCCCUUCUGCUGGAUAGACCCUCCCGGAGGAAAAAGGAUUCAGUGGAGAGUCACCCAACCCGAGUGGAUGACACCAGGAUCGAUGCUGAUGAUAUAGUGGAGAAAAUAAUGCAGAGUCAGGACUUCACAGAUGUCAGCAAUACUGAAGACAGUAACCUGAGGUUGUUUGUGAGCAGAGACGGAACAACUACCUUGAGUGGUAUUCAGCUGGGAAACAGGGUCUCAUCUGGAGUUUACGAGCCAGUGGUGAUUGAAACCCACUAAAUGUGAAGAACAGGGUAGAGCUGCUGGAAACAGGCCCCCUACCCAGUCCGCUGCCACAUGGAUGCCAACCUUUACCUCUCUUCAUGCAGCAUUCCAGAAGGGAUUUCUCCACACCCCUCCCCGUACAUUUGCACUGCAGAACUACUCCGAGACCACUCCAGAUCAUGCACUUUCCCUGCGUUGGCAUUACCCUUCUCCGCUUCCUGGUUCUUCCAGUGCCUGCCUUCCCCCUGUUUCUGAUCAGACGCAAGGUGUCUGUUGAGCUUAUCCUUAGUCCUAGAGGAUGUUGCUCACCUGCAUCCUUCACUCCACCCAUUCACUUGCAACAGGGGACUUCUCAGCUUCGUUCUCCCCAAAACGUUGGGUUAUACCACUGUGAACUCUUCAAACCACUGGGGGAGGGGGAAACCAUUCUAACCAAACCGAGAGCUGCUUGUUGGUGACACGGUG